CUGCCGCCUUUGAAUCCCAGGGUGGGGGUGCGUGGCUGUGGCCGCAGUGGUGGCGACGGCAGCGACUCCGGGCAGCCCGGGCUGCGCUUCGCCCGGGCAGCAGCAGCGUUGGCGGCGACGGCUGCGCCCGUGGCUCAGGAUGCGGCCGGGGGGCGCGCUGCUCGCCCUCCUCGCCAGCCUGCUGUUGCUCCUGAUGAUGCGCCUGCUCUCCUGCCCCACCGACGCGCCCGCGCGUGCCAGGAUCCUGGUGGAGGAAAGCAGGGCGGACACCCACGGCACCUCCGCCACGCUGAGGACGCUCCGGAGUCCGGCUACCCAGAUUCCGCGCACCACAAACAGCACAUAUCUGAAUGAGAACUCACACCAGCUGACAGAGAAAUGUAAAAAUCUACAGAAUGAUGUUAAGUCUUUAUCCAACAAAACAAAAGGAUAUUCAGAGAGAGACUACCUUGAGGUAAUCACAAGUAUACAAAGCUGUCCAUGGAAACGGCAAGCAGAAGAAUAUGAGAACUUCAGAGCAAAACUUGCUUCCUGUUGUGAUGCUAUUCAAAAUUUCGUGGUUUCGCAAAAUAACACUCCAAUUGGAACUAACAUGAGUUAUGAAGUGGAAAGCAAAAAAGAAAUCCCGAUUAGAGAAAGCAUUUUUCAUAUGUUUCCUGUGUUUCACUUUCUCCUGCAGUCCCAGCCUUUUGCGGAGUAUCCUUACAAUCAGUGUGCUGUGGUUGGAAAUGGGGGAAUUCUGAAUAAUUCUCUCUGCGGAGCUGAAAUAGAUAAGUCUGACUUCGUUUUUAGGUGUAACCUCCCUCCAACCACAGGAAACAUGAGCAAAGAUGUUGGCAGUAAAACAAAUCUUGUGACUGUGAAUCCCAGUAUCAUAACAACAAAAUAUGGGAACUUAAAGGAAAAGAAAGCAGCAUUUCUGGAGGACAUCGCAACCUACGGAGAUGCCUUUCUCCUUCUGCCCGCAUUUUCCUUCCAAGCCAACACCGGUGCCUCGUUUAAAGUGUAUCACACACUCAAAGAGUCUAAGGCAAGGCAAAAAGUUCUCUUUUUCCAUCCCAAGUACCUGAAACAUCUUGCCCUCUUCUGGAAAUCUAAAGGUGUGACCGCCUUCCGCUUGUCAACCGGCUUGAUGAUCACAAGUGUUGCAGUGGAGCUGUGUGAGAAUGUGAAGCUAUAUGGCUUUUGGCCCUUCUCCAAAACCGUAGAAGACACACCUGUCAACCAUCACUACUAUGACAACAAGUUACCUAAACGCGGUUUCCAUCAGAUGCCCAAAGAAUACAGCCAGAUCCUCCAACUUCAUGUGAAAGGAAUCCUCAAAGUACAAUUUAGCAAAUGUGAAGUAGUAUAAACAAAGUUUCUUACAAUGAGAAUAACGUUUACAUAAUGCAGGAGGUGAGCCACGUUUCCACACCCUAAAGGAGGUAGCGAAUAGGUCCUAUAGGAAGAGCCCCACGGCUUGGUUUGACCAAAGCUCUCUCACUAACUGUGUAGCCUCCACAUGUCUGUCAAUCAUUCUAAUCUUCAGCUUCCUUUUUUGUAAAAGGAGAAUCAUGAUACUGACUUACAGGAGUAAAAAGGAAUAAUUUGUGAUAUUUCCUGGCAUAGCAUCUGGUGCGAGGUAGGGAUUCAAUAAAUAUUUCCUUGUCAAUAUUAAAAGCAGCCAUUUCUACCCUCACCAGAAGGUAAAAGGCAUCUUAUCUUGGCACCCUUUCUCAAAAAAGCGAAUUGCCAUAUUUAUUGCAUUUGUUUUUCUUAUGGGCUUCACUUUACUAACAUCCUUUCCAUUUUUCUUUUGUUUCAAAGACUAUGUACAAUAAAGUUACAUAGUUAAACAACAAAUAUUUGAUUAUUCAGGAGUAAAAAUCUUCUCUUUGUAUGGCAGUGUCCCUGCUCCUGAUUAAUUCACUUGUAAUACUAGCUUCGCUGAUGUGUUAGAUGGAUUUUUGCCAUUUUUUCAUCUAUUAUCUACAUUUUAAAUCACACUUUAUAAUUUUAUAUGAACUUUCUGUCUCAUUUUUAUGCCUUUUUCUCUCCCACUGACAGAAUCUACUUCAGGGACAUAAAUAGUUACAGUACCCAGGCUUUUUCACUUGUGUCUUAUCGUUCAAUUCAAUUAAAAAAAUAUUGAACAGCUACUUUGUCCCAGGCCCUGUACCAGGCUCAGUGAAAGGACUAUAAAGACUGCUUCUAGCAGGAAGAAACACAUAUGCCUAUCAUUAAUGAUACAGUAGAGCGAGUGUUAUAAUAAUGAUUACGAAAAAAAGUGCUAGACAAGCAUAGCAGUCUCUCAGCACACUGUAUUUCAAUGUGUCGGUUUCAGAAAAGAGGUAAUUUUAGAAUUAAAACUGUAAAAUUGUUUUUCUUCCAAGCGCAAAUGAUUCUAGGUAGAGAUGGGAGGAAAGGCUGUUCAUUUGACUCUGAUACAUCAAAAUGAGAAUAUUUGAAGGUGGAUCAUGAUUUUGCUCCAAAACUGUCACUGAGAGAGGACACCGAGAGAGGAUCAUGGCAGGGCUCAUAUCUAUAAAACGGGCAGUUUAGACCUGACCAGUUUAAUAGAUGGGCUUAAGGAUGAGAACAUACAAAAACUUAAUUCACCCCAGGAAAGAUACAUGCUUAUAAUGAAAAAUAAAACAAUGGCUUAGGCAUCAGUAUAAAAUAAACCUCGAGUAGACAUUAGAAAUUAGCACUUUCUACCACUUUCGUAUCUUAUGAUGACUCUCAAACACUAGCCUCAUACGCGGAGUCAGUUACUUGAGUUACGUAUGUAAUCAUGUGUCUGCUUUCCUGCUCAUCAUUCCUCCUUUGUAAGAAGAUUGGAAAUCAGAGUAUAGACAUCAACUUGUCGAAGUAAUUAUAAUUUUUAAAUUAAUUAUCUGAGCCAGAGUAUAAUCUUACUAAAUACACACUGUUUUAAGAACACUGUGCUAUGAAUUGCUUAUUCUAUAAAAUACAUCUUUACUUUGCACUUGACAUAUGUGAUAUGUAUUUGAGUUCAUAAUUUCAUUUGUUCUUUAUAGCAAAUGAAGCUUACCAGAUUUAUAAACUGAUUAAAAGUUCAUAUAUGAAUAUUUUCUAAAAGGAAAAUGAUUUUUGUUAUAUAAAAUCUGAUUUAUGUAUUGUCUUCCUUUUUAUAGAGAAUGGGUGGCCUUUUUCUAUUGCUUCUAAUGGAUUUAAUUAGUUUUAAGUAAUAUGUUGGCAGCAUUGGUAACGUUUCAAUCAUGCUACUAACAAUGGAUUCUUAAAAAUAGAUGAGAACACCCUAGCAUUUCAGAGUUAGUAAAAUGAUUUCUUUCAAAAUGUCUAUGACAAUUGAAACAAACUAUUUCUUUUUGAUAUUGGAAAUAUGUGAUUGAAGAGUAAAAGUAAUCAAAUAUACUGAAAUAAAUGAUCAAAUGUACAAGGUGAAGGCUGUAUGUGUUAUUUUAAUAAAAAUUGCAUAUGAUUAAGAUA